CGACGCUUGUGCUUUUUCUGCUUCCACGGUCAACAUCCACGUUGCUACCUAGUUCGGACGCAAAAUGCCAGCCACACAGAUCUCGCGUCGAUUCUUCGCUGCCUACCCGCACAGGGGAAUGGCAAUACCUACCCGAAUUCUCACGCCACCUCUCGCUCGUUCGCUGUUUGCAUGCCUCCAACCGACACGUAUCCCCUCCCACCCUCUCGAUUCCAGCGAUAUCACGACAAUCUCCGAGGCCGUUGACGCGCUUUACAUAUAUGCCCAGCUUGCAUCUAACAUCGUCGAUAGUCCACGAGCGUUCGAACAAGGCAUUCUCAGCGGGUUCGGCGACGUGUGGAACUGGCUAGUCUUCUUGAGCCCGAAGAAAAACAACGUGGCCUAUGAAGAGGAGCUCCCUUGGCUCGACGCUCCACCGUGUCAUCUCCGCAGCGAUGGCUACGCCGUUGUCUCCUUCCCUUACCUCGUCCAGGCCAUGACAAUGAUAAUUGGCGCGCUUGGGCUACACACCCGAGGAAUUCCUUCCUUUCUCGCUCCAAAAAACCUUACGGACAUCGUCUUCGACUUCUUCACGUAUGUCGUGCAUCCGAGGGCAACGACCGCUAUAAACUACCACAACUUCUACAUGAUCAUCGACUCCCUGCUCCGGAGCGAGGAUCGUGACGUGAAGGAGCGCAUGCAACUGGGUGUGGCAUCAUACGACGAGAAAUGCCCAGGAAGGAUCAUCUGCACCAUCGCGACCCGGAUUUCCUGGUUUUUUGACGCCGCGCUGUGGCGUAUUGAUUCCGCCCUGAACGACAAGACCUGUGCCGAAAGCUACGGCAGGUAUUUCACAGCAGAGCUCAUGACGAGUGCAUCCACCAUCGUCCAUCUCCAAGCCUCACGGCCGAUACCCUUGUUCGUACGGCUGCUGGCGCGCGAGACGGCUCGCCCGGCGUGGCUGAAGGGGCCAGAGUACCUACAGUUCUUUGUCGCACUUUGGACCGCGCUCAUCUGCCAAGUCGUCAUCACGCGACCGAGCCCUUCUCCUUCCUAUUCGUCCCUCAUAUCUGCCCUUCGUCAUGGUCUCCUGCCCGUCAUCCAUCGUAUUCUCGUCACUCUUCAUCCCAACGACGCCACCUCGCCCGCGUCAGCGCGAUUUAGGGCAGAUUGUCGACGGGAAGCGCUUCGGCUCGUCGACAGCAUGCUCCAGGCAAUCAUAUGGCCAAGAGUUCUUCGAGCAUCUGACGACGCCUUCAAGCGGGAUCAGUGCGCCAUGCCGACUACCUCUGACCCAGAAGAAUGGCAAAUGCUCGUCAGGCGCUACCUAUACUUUCGCGACGUGCGGCUUGAUUUCAAGGACGUCAUUGUCUCAACCCUCGGGUCUUGCGCCAAUCCCAAGGUCGUCUACAACUCUACCGUCAAUUUUUGA